CUGCGAAAUCUGCAUGGAACCCAAGAGCCAAAACGAGUCCUUUAAAAUCAAGGGGUGUUCUCAUUCCUAUUGCACUGACUGCAUAACCAAAUAUGUCGCCUUGAAAUUGCAAGAUAACAUUACGGGGAUCAGGUGCCCAGUACCCAAUUGCAGUGGACUGUUAGAACCCGAGGACUGCCGCCGCAUUCUCCCGCCAGAGGUGUUCAAUCGGUGGGAGGAUGCUCUGUGUGAGGGGAUGCUUCUUGGGUCUCAGAGGUUUUAUUGCCCGUUCAAAGAUUGUUCCGCGCUUCUGAUUGACGAUGGAUUGCAGCAGGUGAAGGAAUCGGAAUGUCCCAAUUGUUUUAGACUGUUCUGCGCUCAGUGCAAGGUCCCAUGGCACACUGGCCUCGAAUGCGCGGAGUUUCAGAAAUUGCGCAAGGAUGAAAGAGAGCGUGAACACAUCAUGGUGCUGAACCUAGCACAGAACCAGAAUUAGGUGAGAUGUCCAACAUUGUUGUGGAGAGGAUAGAAGGUUGCAAUUACCUCAAAUGCAGGUGUGGAUAUUCCUUCUGUUACAAAUGUGGUGGACCAUCAUGUCCAAGCACUCAUGUGUGCCCUCGUUGCAAACAUGCUUAGAUUUAGAUGUUAAUUCAUGAACAGAAUUAUACUGUUCCUAGCUUUCAGAAGUGACACUAAAGUUCAUGGGUGAUG